AUGGCGACCUUUACCAAAUUGGAAGAUCAUGAGACGCCCGUUAUUUCCGUUCAUGCUGACAGGCGGAUCUCAAAGAUCAAUCCCAAUAUCUAUUCCGGUUUCACUGAGCACAUGGGCCGAUGCAUUUACGGAGGAAUCUAUGAGCCUGGAAGCCCACUUGCCGACGAGAAUGGCUUCCGCACAGAUGUUUUGGAGGCGUUGAAGGGGCUCAAUAUCCCUGUCGUUCGGUAUCCCGGUGGGAACUUCUGUGCGACCUAUCACUGGCUCGAUGGUGUUGGUCCUCAAGAUCAGAGACCAGCGAGACCUGAGCUGGCCUGGCUAGGGACCGAGACCAAUCAGUUCGGCACCGACGAGUUCAUGAAGUGGUGUGAGGCUGUGGGAACUGAGCCAUAUCUUUGCUUCAACUUUGGCACUGGUACCCUGGAUGAAGCUUUGGGUUGGGUUGAGUACUGCAAUGGAACCGGAAAUACAUACUAUGCCAAUCUGCGCCGAAAGAAUGGUCGCGAGGAGCCCUAUAAUGUCAAGUACUGGGCCCUCGGAAACGAAUGCUGGGGUCCCUGGCAAGUCGAACAGAUGACCAAGGAAGCAUAUGCUCACAAGGCCAUCCAAUGGGCCAAAGCCCUGAAACUCCUCGACCCAACCCUGAUUCUCAUUCUCUGCGGCCAAGACGGCACCGCCUCGUGGGAUUACUACACACUGAAGCACUGCCUGGUCCCCGCCCACUCAGCCCUAUCAACCAGCAGCGUCCCCUUGAUCGACAUGCACAGCAUCCACCUCUACACAUCCUCCUCCAAGCACCUCCCCAACGCAACAGCGCCACUAGCCGCCGAGCGCGCGAUCGAGAUAACCUCAUCUCUGAUCGACCUCGCACGCAUCGAAAACAACGUCCCACCAAGCCAACUCCGCCCCACAAUCUGCUUCGACGAAUGGAACGUCUGGGACCCUAUCCGCGCUGAAGGCAGCAAAGGCGCAGAGGAAAGCUACACGCUCUCGGAUGCACUGGCUGUCGCAGUGUGGCUGAACGUUUUCGUCCGGAAGAGCAAAGACGUCGGCAUGGCCUGUAUUGCUCAGACGGUGAACGUUAUCUCGCCGCUGAUGACUACGCCCGAGGGAAUCACAAAGCAGACGACUUGGUGGCCGCUUUGGCUUUUCUCGCGCUAUAUGCGCGGCUGGACGAUUGGGAGUCAUGUUUCUUCUGGGACUUAUGAGGGAGAGACGAGUCCGGUUUGGUUGCGCAGUGCGAUGGAGACACCUUGGUUGGAUGUUAGCGCCACGCUUGGGGAGGAUGGGUUUGUGAACGUUGCUGUGGUUAAUAUUCAUGAAGAAAAAGAUUUGGAGGCGAGAGUUGAUGGUGCUAGUGGGGAGGUGCAGGUGUUCACUGUUACUGGGGGUGAUGUUACUGUGACGAACAUGAAGGGUAAGGAGGAGGUUGCUAUUGUUGAGUCGACUUGGGGUGGGGAGGGGAAGUAUGUUUUCCCUAAGCACUCGCUUACGCUGCUUAGAUGGAAGGCUUAG